UAACAUGUAUCUUUAUUAUUGUAAUAAAACUUAUUACUUGUACAUUUUGCUUCCAUAUUUUUAUUUUUUUUAAUUCCAUGGUAUCAGUUGUUCUUAAUAGCAAUUAAUAGUCUAAGUGUUAUUAUAUUAUAUUUAUUUAUUAAAAUACAGUACAACGGAAGUGUUACGCGUCGUGAUUAUAUAUAUUUAUGAUACCAUUAUACAUAUACAGAAAAUGACUGAAUAAUUCAUAUUUCUUAUCUGAUAAUCAUAAUAAUGACUACUUUUUAUAAUUGUUGAGCAACAAAUACUGUAAAUUGAAUUCCUGCAAAUUAUAAGUUAAAGUUUGAACGUUUAGUAAUUGCAGAGUUAUGUCACAAGCAUAAUUUGUUUUGUGUUUCUUUCUUUUUUCAUUGGUGAAUAUAAUAACUUUUGUAUAAAUGUUUUUCUAUAAAGUAUAUGAACAUUCGCAAACAUACAAGGAAUAAUUAAAUUAAUAUGAAAAUAAGUUUGAUUGUAGAUUUUCGCACUAAUAAAACCUGCAGUUUUGUAAUUAGAUACGUAGGCAGCUUCUUUCACUAGCGGUCUGAUAAAUUUAUUAAUUGCAGCUUAUAUCGUUUAUAACUUCUGAAUAUACUUUUGAUCUUCUUAUUAAAAUUCUGUCUACAAUAUUCUUUUUUCUUUUAUGCGAAGUUCAUCAUUUUUCGUUUUGGAUUAAUGCUUAUACUGUAAGUUGAACUUUCUACUUGAAGAUACUCCUAAAAACAUCUUCCAAUAAAUGAUUCUUUAUACAUCAUAAGUUUUUUCCAAAUGUUAUCAUUUUAAGUGAAACGUGCGCGAUAUAUUCUGAUACCAUAGGUGCAGUGUUUCGUGAAGCGUCUUCAGCAUGUCUCUUGUGAAUUAAAAGAUGAAAACGAGACCGCAAUAAUAAAAAAAUAUGGAAAGAGCGGAGAACACUUUACAAGUAUAAUUAUAUGUAAGAAAAUAUUGAAUGACAUCUUCCAUGCUCCUGUGCGCGCACUCAAGUUAUUAUCAAGUUAUUAUUAUCACAUAAUAUAUAAUAGUUAUAAUUAAAAAUCUUAACAUGUUUUUAAUUAAAUAUACAAAUAUACAACACAUUGCAAGGAAAACCAAAACUUUAAAGCAAAGUUAGCAUUCAUCAAGUACAUUACAGAUAUAACGAAAAGUUGAAUCGUUUCUCUGGAAACGGGCACAAUCGAAUUACACCUUGUCGUCUCGGUUAUUAAAAGUGUAAUGACGCAAGCGACUGACCCUUGCUCAAUUACAGAUUCGUAGUCAAAAGAAAUGUAUCAUUAUACUAUCGAGCAAGUAAUUUUAUUUGUGGAUUUUCUGCAAUUCCACGUGAACACUAAGUUUUAAUAAUAUGAAAAUAAGUAAUUUAAUACUAAUUAGAUGUUGCAAAAUGGGAGAAUAUAUCGUGAACAUGACAACAGAGAUCCUAAUUUGUAACUUUCAUUUAAUUAUAAUUUUUUUAAAUCCCGAAUCAUGACGUUAAAGAAAAACAACUUGUUUGUUUCCGUAGAGAAUACCGUACAACGUCGUAAUUAUGUUCAACUUGUUUUCUGUUUUAUUGUUAUAGAGAUUACAUUAUUAUUAUUACUUAUUUUUUCGCCUGAAGAAUAAGUGUUUAUUGUCAUAAUUGCGAUUCUGUUCAAGUAAAAGAUAUCCGCAGAGUCAACUAAACGUUUAAGCUUCGAGAUAGUAGAGAACAUCAGUUUAAUUGAUUAAGGUAUCUGAUAAAUUAGUUUAAAACCUUACAGUGUUUGCAGUGUGCUGCGUAAUUAUUAUGACUCUUUUGCCAUUUUUGCCGUGGAUUCUUGACAUCUCUCUACUCGCAAAUGAAUCUCGACCACUUCACAAUAUGCUAAUUGAGUGACUGCGUUGGUGGGAGGAGGAAUGAUGCUAGUAGCUUACCUAAAACACAUUUGCGGACUGUUUAGCAUUGCAAGUUACCGUAUGGGGCAAACUAUAAUGUUAAAUAUUCCCGAAGAAGCUAAUCGGAAGAACGAAAUGGAGAUGAACAAGAAGGUACGACAUGCAGUGGAUGUUCAUCGUACAGCUAUUGAGUUGUCUGAAUUCUUUACAUCUACUUUCAAUGGAACAUAUGUGUGUUUAAUAGUUGUAGCCAUUAUUUGUUUUGUCCUUAAUCUCUGUCAAAUAUUUCGAUCUGCAUUGCAUCUAUUUAACAUAGAAGAGAUUUUAUUACACCUUAUUUUCGCAGUAGCAAUGCUUCUAUAUGGUUCAUUGGCCAAUUAUAUCGGUGAAGAAAUUAUAGAACACUAUAACGACAUGUUUGCUAUAGCAUACAACAUUGAGUGGUAUACGGCUCCUAUAUGCAUACAAAGGUUGAUAUUAUUUCUGUUGCAAAGAAGUUGUAAAGCUUAUGGCCUCAAAAUAGCUGGUCUUUUCAUAGCAUCGCUAGAAGGUUUUGCCUCGUUACUUGCUGCAGCGAUAUCUUAUUUUACUGUUAUAUAUUCUACACAGAAGUGAUACGACUAUCAAUCAUCUACAGUAUAGUGAGGAGAAAUAAAUAAGUUUACAGAUAAGUGAUAGAAACCGUUUCCAAAUAAUUUGUUGCGUAAAUUGAUUAGUGGUUUAAACAUAUCACUUUCUUAAUAAUAUCUUUUAAUAUAAUAAUAUAGUUGAUAUAAAAUAAAAAACAAGUAGAAUGACGUUUGGGCACCUAAAAAGUUAUGUAUUAGCUUAAUGAAUUCUAAAGAAUAAGCUCGUGCACGCAUACGUGGUUGUGUUCGCGCGUGUACGUGUAUAUUACGUGUUUCUGUAUUUUUAAAACUUUAAUUGUUUAAUUUAUAGAUAUUUAAUAUCUUACAAAUUGAGGUCUGGUCGCAGAUUUAUUUAAUUCAGAAGGAUUACUUCUAUGAUCAGUACUCACUUCGCGUGGACAGUCGAAAACACAUACGAAUCUAUUAAACUUCUUCUUUUCUAACUUUUUAAUAAACAAUGAUCGCCGGUAAAAUAUUCCGAUAGGUUACUCAAGAGGAUGACCUCUAUAGUACAUGUCAAGAUCAAGAUCAUCGACACUGUGCCUUCGAAUCUAAAUACUUACCGCGGAAUCUAUUAAAAAUUUAUAGUCGUUAUAGAAUUAGCAUUCUCACGAAUGUUAUUAAUUAAAUAGGUCAUCAUUAGGAUAUGAUUAGAAAAUUGUAACUAUAUGAUAUCCUAUUUUAACAAUAUGAUAUGACAAAAUGCAACAGUUAAAUAUACGUAUGUAAAAACAUUAAUUUUUUCUGAUAAAUCAGAAUUCUUGAAUGCAAUUGUAUAUAAUUGUAUAUAAUAUGGCAAAAAUAUAAAUAAAAAUUGCGAAC